AUGGCAUCUAUAUCACCAUUAUCGCCAUUCUCCAAGAGGUUCUCUUGGUCCAUCAAUAAGAACUGCUCCAAUGUGUAUGGCUCUAAAUUUGCCUCUGAGCUUAUGCCAUCGGCAAAGCUUCCAGAGGGAGAAAUGCCUAAGGAUACUGCCUACAGAAUGAUCAAGGAUGAUCUAGUUCUCGAUGGUAUUCCUAUGCUCAAUUUGGCGAGUUUUGUAACAACAUACAUGGAGGAUGAGGCCCAGAAACUCAUCGCCGAAUCCGCCAACAAGAACAUCAUCGAUCACGAAGAGUACCCCAAGUCUGUCGAAAUCGAACAACGUUGUGUCAACAUCCUUGCAGACCUCUUCCACGCUCCAGAAGUCAAUGGAUCUUCAACUGCAGUUGGUACAGCUUGUAUCGGGUCAUCAGAAGCGAUCAUGUUGGCAACUCUCGCCAUGAAGAGGCGCUGGCAAAAUAAGCGGGAAGAGCAAGGGAAGGAUAAAUCGAAUCCCAACAUCAUCAUGAGUACUGCGGUUCAAGUCUGCUGGGAGAAGGCUAUGAGGUACUUCGAGAUUGAAGAGAAGCUCGUUCCCUGUAUCGAGACAAGAUAUGUUAUAGACCCAGCACAGGCUGUCGAUCUAGUUGAUGAGAGAACCAUCGGCAUCGCUGCGAUCCUGGGAACCACGUACACUGGUCAGUAUGAGGAUGUCAAGACCAUUAAUGAGCUCCUUGUUGAGCGUGGUCUGGAUACUCCGAUUCACGUCGAUGCUGCCAGUGGUGGAUUUGUUGCCCCCUUUGUGAAUCCAGACUUAGUAUGGGACUUUGCCCUUUCGAACGUCGUGUCCAUCAACGUCUCCGGUCACAAAUAUGGUCUGGUAUACCCAGGAAUUGGAUGGGCUCUGUGGAAAUCCAUCCAUUACCUUCCUAAGGAACUCGUUUUCAACAUCAACUACCUCGGCGCCGACCAACUCAACUUCACCAUGAACUUCUCCAAGCCAGCAUCCCACAUCAUAGCCCAGUACUACCAGAUGAUCCGUCUGGGGAGACGUGGAUACGAAGCCAUCAUGACAAACCUCACCCGUGUAUCCGACUACCUUACAGACCGACUUCUAGAAAUGGGAUUCAUUAUCAUGAGUGAUGGGCACGGAAAUGGCCUUCCAGUCGUUGCGUUUCGACUCAGCUCCUCUCAGCGCCUUCUAUUCGAUGAAUUUGCACUUUCUCACAAGCUUCGUGAGCGUGGCUGGAUCGUUCCUGCUUACACCAUGGCUGCAGACUGUGAGACGAUGAGCAUGAUGCGUGUUGUGGUCAGAAUGGAAUUUGGUAAAAGUCGCUGCGAUAGUCUCGUUCGAGAUAUACAGUCUGCUCUUGAGGUUUUGGCUGAUCAGGAGAUUCAUCAUUUCGAACGCUAUCAAGCCCUCAUUCAAAGUCACAUGAUGCUUGCCAAGAAACCACAUGUCGAGGAGCAGGCUCUUGUCAUUGAGGCUUAG